AUGAUCAAACUUGGAGGAGCUCAUCGCCACGCCCUCUGUCGAAGACGCCGGCGCCCUGUCCCCGGGCGCAACAACAUCGCCUGCCCGAUCAAUGGCGGCGAUAACGAAGGGUACAACUAUACCUCGGGUGCCCACCCAGCCCUUAAGGCCGCGAUCCGCUCGCCCGCAUGGUCCCCGGACGGCCGCUUCGUCGUCUACAAAAAGCUAGACUUCACCGCCCGGCCGAUGGAGAAGCCCCUCUGGAGCUGGAGCGCGGACUGGGAGUACCGCCACACCGACGUCUUCCCCCGGCUCUCCCUUCAAGGCCGCCUGUCCACGCCUGAUUUCCCCAGCUACAGCCCCGACGGCCGCAGCAUCAUCUUCUGCGAAUGGGGCGUCCGCUACGGCGUCCGCAUCAUCAAAAUCAAGACCAAGACGGUGCGCAGCUUGACCAAUGCGACGAACAACCUCCCCUUUUGGUCGCCCGGCGGCGAGCACAUCGUCUUCACCCGCAAGACGUCGGCCACCAAUAUUGACGUCUGCACCAUCCGGCCCGACGGCAUGGACCUGCAAAUGCUCACGUCGAACGGUGCCAACGACGCGCACGCGGUGUGGUCGCACGAUGGGCGGAUCCUGUACUCGAGCGGCAUGUACGGGUUCCUGGACGAGGCGGCCAUCUACAACCAGACGUUCCAGUCGUACGGGCAGAUUGCCGUCAUGGAUGCGGAUGGGUCGAACAAGCGGAUGCUCACUGACAGUCUGUUGGAGGAUUCCAUGCCGCUCAAUAUGCCAAGCGAGUUUCUCGUGUACUACUACUUGGUGGCUCGAAAAAAUCACUCCAAGGUCAAACCGUCCCUGGCAGAUGGUACUUCACGAGAGGAACAUUUUAAGUGA